GUCUUGGCAACUAUGGGUGAAUACAGUAGGUUUAUAGAUUGGGACAAGAUGGAUGCUACCAUCCAGGCUCACGAUGGGAAGGAACUGACCAGUCCCGAAUUUCACACUGAAAUUCUGAAACCACUGGCUCGCCAAGGUUACUGGGCCAAGAGCCACUCUUUAAGAGCCAAAGUGUACGAUAAAUUGAUCAGCUGUAUCCCUUGCCGCACGGUGACACCGGAUGCUCACGUCUACCGAGACAUUGUGGUGAAAAUUGUCGGCAAGCGAAACAGCAGCGCUCUUCCCCUUCCGGAAUUUGUAGAUAAUAGCUUGGUUCCCACGUACUGCCUGAACGCUGAGGGCAUCGGGGCCGUCAGGAAAAUCAUCUCCUGUGUCGGAAGCCAGUUCCCAGACAUCUCCUUCUGCCCGGCUCUGCCUUCCGUGGUGGCCCUCCUCCUCCACUACAGCAGGGAUGAAGCUGAAUGCUUUGAGAAAGUUUGCCGCAUCUUGGCCUGCAAUGAUCCAUCCAAGCGCUUCAUCGAUCAGACCUUCUUGGCUUUUGAGUCAUCUUGCAUGACUUUUGGGGAUCUGGUUAACAAGUACUGCCAGGCAGCUCACAAACUUAUAGUAGCCAUCUCUGAAGAUGUGUUAGAGGUCUACUCGGAUUGGCACCGGUGGCUCUUUGGGGAGCUGCCCCUCGUCUACAUCGCCCGCGUCUUUGACGUGUUCCUGGUAGAAGGUUACAAGGUGCUCUACCGCGUCGCGCUGGCCCUCCUCAAAUUCUUCCACAAAUUCAGAGUGGGGCAGAGCCUGGAGUCGGAAAACGUGCAGCAGGACAUCCGAGCGUUUGUGAGGGACAUCGCCAAGUGGGUGUCUCCCGAGAAACUGCUGGAGAAGGCUUUUGCAAUCCGUCUCUUCUCGCGGAAAGAGAUCCAGCUUUUGCAAAUGGCCAAUGAGAAGGCCCUUCAGCAGAAAGGCAUCACGGUGAAACAGAAAAGCAGUGCAUCCCCCAAAAGGCAGAAUGUCCACCUGGCUGUUCAUGCUGAGAACUUCAAGUCUGAAAUUGUUGACGUGAAGAAGAUGAGGGACAUCUGGUCGUGGAUUCCUGAGCGCUUUGCCCUUUGUCAGCCUCUACUGCUGUUUACCACCUCAGAGCAUGGCUUCAGCCUAAACAGGUUUUAUUCCCAUUGUGAGGGACAGGAACCAACUCUCCUUUUGAUUAAAACAACUAUGCAAGAGGUCUGUGGGGCUUAUUUAUCGACAGACUGGAGUGAACGCAAACGAGGAGGAGGCAAGCUAAGUUUCUUUGGGACGGGAGAAUGUUUUGUGUUCAGGCUGGUGCCCGAAGUGGAACGAUACGAGUGGGUUAUAAUCAAGCACCCCGAACUCGCCAUGACUGGCUCCGAACAAGACAACAAUUCUCCGGCCGUUUCUGACUCCCCAUCCUCCACCAAUCUCCCUUCGGAUCCUUCCAGUCGCCUCUCCCCUUUCCUUUCAGCCCGGCACUUCAACCUGCCUUCCAAAGCAGCGUCCAUGUUUAUGGCCGGUAGCACUGAGUGCAUCAUCAUAGGUGGUGGUGAUGGCCAAGCCCUGUACCUUGAUGCAGACUUGAAUCACGGAAGAACGGGUCAUUGCAAUACUUUCAACAAUCAGCCGCUGUGCUCUGAAAAUUUCCAGAUAGCUAUCAUGGAAAUUUGGGGGUUCAAGGACACGAUGAACAGCUGAGAAGGUUGCCUCCUUCAAAAAAUAAUUAGCCCAUGAAGUAUUUCAGGUUUCCGUGGCCCAUUUCCAGUUGCGGGAACCAAGCU